AUGGAUGCAGAUGGUUCUGCUCAGGAUGAAUCUGUCACUGGUGGCCCUGGACAAGCGUCAAUCAGUGGUAGUCGAGCUCAAAGCCCAUCGGCAUCUGCCAGUGGUUCUUCAAGCUCAACAACACAAGCAGAUGUUCAUAUGCCAGUGGCUGAAAACUGGUGUCAUACACAGGUAAAAGUGAUCAAAUUCAAUUAUAUGUGGACUAUUAACAAUUUUUCGUUUUGUCGUGAAGAAAUGGGUGAAGUAUUGAAAAGUUCCACUUUCAGUGCUGGUUCAAAUGAUAAAUUAAAAUGGUGCUUAAGGAUUAAUCCGAAAGGACUCGACGAAGAAUCAAAGGAUUACUUGUCACUUUAUUUGUUACUUGUACAGUGUGCCAAAAAUGAAGUACGCGCCAAAUUUAAGUUUUCUAUACUAAAUGCCAAAAGAGAGGAAACAAAAGCUAUGGAGUCUCAACGUGCGUACCGGUUUGUUCAAGGCAAAGAUUGGGGUUUUAAGAAAUUUAUUCGGCGGGAUUUUCUACUUGAUGAAGCAAACGGUCUUCUUCCUGAGGAUAGGCUUAGUAUUUUUUGUGAGGUAUCAGUUGUGGCAGAAACAGUAAACAUCACUGGACAAUCAAGUCUCAUGCAGUUUAAAGUUCCACCUUGCCGACUCUCUGAUGAUAUGUGCAAUCUUUUCGAGAAACACUGUUUUUCCGAUUGUCUUCUUUUAACUGGAACAAAAGAGUUCCAUGUACAUAAAGCAAUAUUAGCGACGAGGUCACCUGUGUUUGCUGCAUGCUUUGAACACAAAAUGAGUGAAUCACAAUCAGAUCGUGUCGUCAUCAAUGAUGUUGAACCGGAUGUGAUGAGGGAAAUGUUAAGAUUUAUGUACACUGGAACAGCACCUAAUCUUGAUCGUAUGGCGGAUACAUUAUUAGCUGCUGCUGACAAGUACCAGUUAGAUAGAUUAAAGGUCAUGUGUGAGCAAGCCUUGUGCUUAAAUCUUACAAAUGAAAAUGCUUGCGAGACGCUAAUACUUGCUGAUCUGCAUAGUGCUGAACAACUGAAACAUCAAGCAAUCGAUUACAUUAACGUACAUGCAAAUGAAAUUAUGGAGUCAGAUGGUUGGAGUUGUUUGGUUCGUGAUCAUCCUCCCUUACUUGCAGAAGUCUUUCGUGCAUUAGCAACCCAACAAACACCACCUAUUAUUAUGACCCAUCUUCCUCGGAAACGUCUAAAGCAUUUGUAG